AGACUUCAAGUCAAAGACGCAGCCAUGAAAGAUCCAAGUCGCAGCAGUACUAGCCCAAGCAUCAUCAGUGAAGAUGUGAUUAUAAAUGGUCAUUCUCAUGAAGAUGACAAUCCCUUUGCAGAGUACAUGUGGAUGGAGAACGAAGAGGAAUUUAACAGACAGAUCGAAGAGGAGUUGUGGGAAGAAGAAUUUAUUGAGCGCUGUUUCCAGGAGAUGCUGGAAGAAGAGGAGGAGCACGAAUGGUUCAUUCCAGCCCGUGAUCUCCCACAAACAAUGGAUCAAAUCCAGGACCAGUUCAAUGACCUUGUUAUCAGUGACAGCUCAUCACUGGAGGAUCUGGUGGUCAAGAGUAACCUGAAUCCAAACGCAAAGGAGUUUGUUCCUGGGGUGAAGUACUUAAAUAUUUGAGUAGACUGGGCCCUCUCUUGGUGGAUGUAGCACAAUUUCCACACUGUGAAGCCAGUAUUAGAAGAUUUAAUUGUAAAAGCUCUCUCUUCUUGUCACUGUGUUACACUUAUGCAUUGCCAAAGUUUUGUUAGUCUUGCAUGCUCAAUAAAAGUGCUGAGACUGUUAUUAAGUAAAUCUGUCAAAAGUUUAAUGGAAACAUAAUUGGGCCCUGGCUCUCUGCGAAGGAGGCAGUGAGGUAAGAAGCACCAGUCAAGUUGAGACAAAGUACCACGUUUCUAAAACCUUCUGCAGACUCUGUCUUUUUAAAUAGGACUUGGAAUUUGCUAUGGAUGGUCUGUUUUUAACUAAAGAUGUGUUAACUGGUGCUAGGUUGCACCUGAUAAUGCCUUAACUUAAAAAUGAAAGCAAGGAUAUCUGAUUGUUAUGCAAAUUAGCUAACUUUCCUUUGAAAUACCAGUAUUGUUACUAAUGUUAAUUUUUUUCCCCUUAAAAAACCGUCGUGCUCCUUUUAAGCAGCACGGGCUUUAACAGAAGUUUUACAGACCUGUACAGAGUCGUAGAUCUCAGCUACCGAGCUAACAUCCAAGCAAUCGGAAGGAAGAAAUUCCCUGUGCUUUGCAGUGUGUUAUCAUGUUAGAAAACUUUCACUUCCUGAUUAUGUUAAAGGAGAUGUGAGUUUCAUCACAAUUUCUUCCAAGGACCCCGAUACGUACAUAGCACUGCCUAUGUAACUUUUAUUAUAGCUGGAUUUAACCAAGAAAACCCUAGCAUUAGUGAUUUGAGUGGUGCUUUUCCCUUGCUUUGUUUAAUCAUCACUACACAAUAGUCUACAGCACAACAACUUUUGUUUUGUUUUGUUUUUUCUUUUAAUAAAGCUAGAACAGUUUUGGCUUCUUAAACUUCAUAUUCGGGUAGGUUAAGCUGCCAUACGUGUUCAGUGUGAAUAGUGUUUAAGUUGAAAAUAUUGUAAAAAAAUUAUAUUUUUUCAAAAAUAUUUAAAAAAAUAAAUAAUAGUAGAACUGA